GAAAGGAACACACCAUGAAGACCAAGUUUUUCAGUUAGACCUGUGCGAUAACUCAGACUCAGUGUGCUGACAAUGGAGGUACCAUCCAUAUCAGAGGUGCUCUCAAUGGAGCUGUCCACCGAGCUGUCGGAGGACCAGCUCGAACUGCUCCACUCUGGUCUGGACGGGCUUAAUCAGCAGACAGUCGACGGAGCCGACAGCACACAGCUGAGGGAGCUCCUCCUGAGAGCGCAGUACGUGAUGCGCUACAAACAUGCUCAGUUGGCGGUCGCAAUGGAGGAGAUUGAGAAACUUGGCGAGGCGACGGGGGAGAAUGAACAGCUGAAGAAGAGGAAUGCUGAUCUACAGCAUCUUGUCAACACGAUCAAGUCUAAAGGCACAGACUCUGGCAGCGCCAGUGUACGGUCUGAAUUGGAGGACCUCCAGGCGUCCCGGGCACAGCUCAAGAAGGACCUAAAGACCAAACAGCGCCAGCUGGAUGACGAGAAACGGGAAAACGACAAGCUCAGCGCCCGGGUGGAGGAGUUGGAGUCGGAGCGGCGCGAGCUGCGCCGGCAGCUGGACCAGCUCAACAGCACGCUGGAGGGCAUGCGGCCCGACUACGACUCCAGAUCGGACCCGGAGGACGCCGGGGAGAACCAAUACGCCGAGCUGCUGCGUCAAAAGAACCACUACAUCAACGUGCUGCUGGAUGAUGUCGAGGCCCACGAGCGGGAGAAGUCUGAGCUGCGCGAUCAGGUGACGUCGUUACGCGAACAGCUUUCGGAGGCCACCAGUCAGAUUGAGACAAUGACCGCCGAGUUUGACCAGCUGCGGCGAAAACCCCGGCCGGCCGAACACGAGAGCGCAGCGGCGGUCGGCGCCGGCGACCCUCCGACCGACCGCGCCGUGCAGCGUCUGCAGGCCGAGGUGGCCGAGCUGCGGGCGCUGAAGACGCGCAGGGACGCACAGUUCGACCAGCUGGCCGCCGUGGUCGAGGAGCGCACCGAUCAGUUCAAACGGCUCAUCGCGCAGCGACACGCCGAGAUUGAGGAGCUGCAGUCGCAGCUGCGACGGGCCAGCAACAGGGCGGCCGACCAGACUCGUCUGGCGGAACUGGAGCGGCUGUGUGCCGACCAGCGGCGUCAGCUGGCGGCGCGCCAGGUAGAGCUGCAGCGCGCCACUGCGGAUAUGGAGGCGAUCGCGGCGCGGCUGGAGACGGAGCGACGCGCCGGCGCCGCCGACACCGACACUGGGGGCGGUGACGCCGCGGCUGUGGUGCCCGGUGAUUCUCUGCUCAAGGUGCGCUCUGAACUGAGUCGGUCCGAGGCUCAGGUGCGCCAGCUGACCGACCGGCUGGAGAGGACCGAACAGCAGGCGGCCGAGUACAACGACCAGGUGACGCAGCUGACCGCGCGGCUCCGGGAGGUAAUGGAGGGCGAGUUUGGCCUCUCGGAGGCGGUGGCAGAGAUAAAGGAGGCGCAGCGCCAGGUCGGUGUGAGAGACCGACAGGUGACCGAACAGAACAACUUCAUCAACCUCAUGCAGCGCCACCUCACCGAGGUGGUCGACGAAAACUCGGCGCUCAGGAGCCGACUGGGCAUGGAGCCGCACGAGGCGGCCGAACUGGUGGCGGCGGGCAGCGGUGGUCGGGAGAAACUGGUCCACGUACUGGAGCGGGAGGUGCAGAAACUGGAGGAGGAGAGAAUCGCACUCAAAUUGGAGAAUCGUAAGCUGAGCCGGCAGCUGCGCUCGGAGAGCCAGUCGGGUCUCUCUCCGGAGGAGAUCCGCGACAUCUGUCGUCAGAGGAAGCAGUUCUGGGAGUACGUGCGCCGACUCGGACCCGCCUCCGUGCCGGCGGAGCGUCGGCCCCGUCCGGCCGCCGAGCUGCUGCAGCGUAUCACCCAGCUGGAGUCGCAGCUCUCGGAGAGCAGAGAGCGGCUGGCGCAGGCCGAGUCGGCCGGCGCGCAGGCCGCCGCCGAGAACCACCAGCUGCGCACCGGGCUGCGGGAGGUGCUGGAGAGCGUCCGACAGCAGGACGCCGUCAGCUCAGUGAAGGUGGCGGCUCCAACUCUCGAGGCCCUACUGCAGGCGCUGGACACCCGCAGUCUGGCCGGCGGCGAGUACCGUCCGGCCCUGGUGCCCUACUCUGCCCUGCAGCAGCUCGAGGGACGAAACGAGGAGCUGCGCGACCAGCUGCGGGCUGCCAGAGCCGAGAGUCGCAGCUGGUCGGUCGUCCCGGCGGCGUCGGGCGGCAGCGGCACCGGCGGCGUGGCCGAGGCCCUGGCGCCGGCCGGUCUGCGGCUGCCGGCUCACCUCUCAGUCUCCAGCAGUCAGCUGGUCGGACAGCUGACUGCACAGCUCACAGUGGCGCUGAAGGCGGUGGAUGACGCCGGUCGGGAGAGCCAGCAGACGCGCUCGGAGCUGGAGCAGCUGCGCGCCCAGCUGCUGGUGUGUCGCCACCAGCUGGGGCUGCUGCACGAGCGGCGGGCAGCUGACGCCGAGACGUGGCGCCAGGAGCGGGGAGAGCUGGUCACCGCCCGACAGGAGGCAGAAACUGAGACCGAGGCCCUGCAGGCUCAGGUGGAGCAGCUGCAGCUGCAGCGGCCGGCCGCCGACACGGAGCGGCAGCUGGCGCUGACGGUGGCGCAGCUGGUGCGCGCCGAGCGCCGGCUGCGGCUGACAGCUGCCGACAGAGAUCAGCUGGAGCAGCGGCUCACGGCCGCGCGCUCCGAACUGCAGAGGGCACAGCGGGCAGCUACGGACACGGUGGCAGAGCUGCGGGCAGGGAAGCGGACCCUGGAGCUGCAGCUGGCAGCUCUGCAGCGGCAGCUGGCCCGCAGCGUGCCGCUGGACAAACUCACUGAGCUGAACGAGCAGGUCGACCAGCUCACCGACAAGUACACCACGUUCCUCCAGAACCAAGAGAAACUCCUCGGGGAGGAGCGCGCCAGCCGCCUGCUGGAGUCGGAGCUGGCCCUGUUGCGGCAGCGGCUGGCCGGUCUGGGUCCGACUGGGUCCCAGCAGCAGGCUGCAGACACAGAUCAGGCCCAGCUAGGUGAGCAGCUACCCUCGGAGGAGCGGCGGCAGCGGCUGCGCGCCGAACACGCCGAGCGGCUGCAGCAGCUGCUCAAAGACCAGCUGUCGGAGGCCGAGCGCCGCGCCGCCGAGCUGGAGCGCACCUACACCGAGCUGGCUGAUGCGGGCGGUACCGGCCGGCGGGCGCUGGAGCAGCUCUGCCGCCGCCUGUCGGAGUCGGCAGCCGCCGGCGCUGGGCCCGCCGAGCCCUCCGAGGCGCAGCUGCAGGCUAAACUGGCGAGUGUGGAGGCGGAGCGGGACCGGCUGCGCGAGACGGAGCAGCUGGCCACCGCCCAGCUGGAGCAGCUGCGCUCGCAGCAGCAGGCCGCGGACCGGGCGGCCGACUCGGUCCGCCGACAGCUGGCCGAGCUGCAGGAGACGGACGACCUGCGAGGCGUCAUAGCGUCUCUGCACCAGCGUCUGCUGGAGAAGGAGCGCUCCGAGGCCGAACUGCAGUGCCGCCUGGACCAGGGCCGCUCUGAGCUGGAGGCCGUCCGUGCCCGGCUGUACUCCGCCGAGACGGAGGCGGGGGCCGCGCGCCGCCAGAGGGACGCCCUGCGGGCCGAGCAGGGCCGCAGGAUGAGCUGCGUCCGUCUGGCGGUUCAGGAGCUGCGCGGCUGCCUGAGUCUCCCUCAGAGGGCCCUCCAGGAGCGGCUCUCGGAGACCCUUGCCGACUUGCUGAGUCGCCGGCGCGCGAUGCAGCUCCAGCUGUCCGCCGCACAGGAGGCUCGGGACGCGGCUGAGGGCGAGCGUCAGGGCUGUAAGGCGCAGCGGGAGCUGCUGGACAGUGCCCUGCAGCAGCUGAAGAGCGGCGCCCCGCAGCUGCAGGAGUGGCUGACACGCUGCCAGGCCGCCGAACUGGAGCUGGCCACGCUGCGGCCGCGCUGCGAGCGUCUGUCGGCAGAGUGCGCCCUGGUCCGCACUCAGCUGGACGAUCAGGAGCGGCGCGCGGCAGACGCCGAGAGCACCGUCUGUCGGCUAACCAACCGGCUGGAGCUGCGACAGCUGGAGAUACAGCUCGGCUUGGUCGCUGACGGGGACACCGCCGCCGACUCUGCACCACUCCCUGCCACGGAGACGGCCGGUGACUCCGGCCCGGCGCGGCCCGCCCCCCGGACGGGUCCGCAGUCCAGCCGGCUGCCCGUGCGCCGCCCGCCACCGGUCGCUGUCCGGAAAUCCGCCGGGGACGGAGCAGUGAACAGCACGGCCCCGCGGGAGGCACGAGGGGAUCGGCCGACUGAGGAUAAUCAGCUCACGUCGGCCUGUGAGCAGCACGCCGAGGCUCUGCGCGGCGUCCUGGCGUGGCUGGCCGGCCGGCGGGACGUCUGUGAGCUGCAGAGCCGGCUGUCGGACGCGCUGCAGUCAGCCGCCACCGCCGCCGCUCUGCUGCUAGUGUCUGCAGACACUCUGAGGAUGGUGUGCGGACUGCCGGCACCCGGGCGGCCGCCCUCCCCGGCGGGAACGUACUCCAUACCGUCCCCGCCAGCGGUCGACGAGCUCCCGCCCGCGGCCGGCGAGGUCCCGUCCCCGUCAGACGAGAUCCCGCCGUCCGGCGCCGCUGACGGUGAUCGCGCGGCGCUCCCCUCGGCGGCCGGCUCUCUGCGCCGACUGCGCCUAGCCGAGGCGUCUGUCGCCUCGCUGCAGCAGCGGCUGAGACAGAAGGAGCAGAGCUGCGACCAGUUCCGGCGGCUGCUGGACGAGACGCGUCAGCAGGCGGCCCGCCAGGCGGAGCAGCACAGCCAGCAGCUGGAGCGGAGCGGGCAGCAGCUGCGGCAGCAGCUGGCCCUGGUCGCCAGUCUAGAGGCGGAGCGGAGCGCGCAGCGUCCUCUCUCUGACAGCGGCGGCGCCGAGCCCGCCCAGCUGAGCCGACUGAACGAGUCGGCAGAGCUGGUGGCGGAGCAAGAGCGGGCCAUCGGGGCUCUGAUGGAGCGGCUGCGACAGAGCCGGCAGCAGGAGGCCGCCUGCCGGGAGCGCGUCGCCAGGCUGGAGUCGGAGCGCCGGGAGACGGCCCAGCUCCUGCAGCGAACCGUCUCCUCCCUGAGCGAGGAGCGAUCCCAGCUGCGAGCUCAGCUGGAGCAGCAGAGGCAGCAGGCGGCUCAGGCGGCCGAGGCGCGACAGCGCGCCCAGGCCAAACUCGUCAGCCGGCUGAGGGAGAUCCUCCUGCUCAAGGAGCAGCAGCACCACGCGCUGGCCAGGGUGCUGAAGGACGUCAAGGCCGAACUCGUGCAGACGGUGGAGGAGGCGGCCGGUCUGGACCAGCAGCAGCUGAAGGGUGGCCCGCCGACGGCUGGCUCCAGCGGCCGUGCCGACACUGACGGAGGUCUGCCCGCCCUCCUGGCCAGCGCGCAGCAGCAGCUCGACGACACCAAGAGUGAGCUGAACGAGCGCACGCUGCGCUGUCACAAGCUGCAGGCGGAGCUGCAUGAGGCCGACCGCCGGCGCCGCGACGAGUGCGGCCGGCUGCAGCGGCAGCUGGAGACGCUGAAGGCACGGCUCGAACAGCCGGCGCGGUCGGCGCGUGCACCCGGAGACCCCGCCAAGAUCCAGGAGGAGCUGGCAAAGUGGGACGAGCGGAAGAAGUGGCAGCGCUGCACGGAGCGACUUAAGGCUCGGCUCCGGGAAAAGGAGGCGGAGAGUGAGCGACACCAGCUGGCGGCGGCCGGACUGAAGGACACCAUCCACCGGCUGGAGCGGGAGCGGGCCGUCUACGAGACCAAGAUCCGCACACUGACUGCCCUUGUGUCUGAGGAGCGUUACGUGGCGCUGGAGCGCGACAACCAGCAGCUGAAGGAGCAGCUGGCGCAGCUGCGCGGCUCGGAGCGCGCGGACGCCGGAGCCGAACUGGAGCAGCUGAGACAGCGGGUGAACAUGCUGAACGGUCGGCUGGCCGCCCAGCGCGCCGCCGCCAGACAGGGAAAGAACGCAGCCGCCAACCUGGCGAGGUUCCAGAAGCAGCUGGCUGAGCUCACGGCCAGAAACGAGGAGCUGGAGCGGGAAAACGGAGAACUGAAGACUGAGCUGGCCGAGCUGCGGCGUGCGGCUGAAGAGAGCAAUGCCCCGCCCGCGGACGGCGGAGGCGGAGGCAGCGACCGGCCGGCGGAGCGGGAGAGUGCGGGGCCCGCGACGGACGCCGGUACCGUCUCCAUCCUACGGCGACUGGUGGAGCGGCUGAGGGCGGACAACCUGCGACUGCGGCGCCAGCUGCUGAGGCACACCGUCACCAGCACCACCGAGGAACAGGUGGAGCUGAUGCGCUCGGAGCUGAACUGUGUGGUGGCAGAGCGGGACAGACUGGCGGCUCAGCUGCAGCGGCUCACCGCCUCCUGAGCCCCGCCGACCGGUACCUGCUGCUCUGCGGGAGCACCAGCGCGAACGGUGGGUCGGUGCUCACUGCGCUUACAGCGACCGGCAGCUUUCUAGUUGCCCUAACAUGGAAAGUGUCAUCUGGGAAAGUGUCAUCUUCAUAGCCGUCCUAAGAAGGGCAGUAGCCAGUGCCGUCCAGAGUAUACGAACAACGUGCUUGCCUGUGUGCAUCGAUCAUGGUUGUCUCUCUGGGGUUUUCAGCUGUUUCAGUUUGUUCCUCCGUCACUGUUUUCUUUAUUUAUGACGUAAUUAUUGAUUUAUGGAGCGUCAGACCAUCAAGCGUAACUAAAUAUGUAGGAAUUGGCGUAAAUGUUUGCUAAUGGAGUACAAAUCUGAGCCAAAGCGCAUGUAACGAUAAAUCGAGUAUAGAGAAUCUCAAGUGGAUAUGAUACUGUAAAGCACGACGGCUGAUGAGAGUACCAUACGGUUCACGGUACUUGAAAGUACAUCAACUUUCAAUUUUGCAUGACUUAUUGAAAUUUCGUUUUCCAUCAAGCCUUUUCAUCCCAUCACAUUCUUUUUCAAACGAGUGUCAUUAUGAACACAGAACGGAAUGCAUGCUUAGGUCGCCUUUUGACCGGCGUGUAACAUUUCUUGCGAUGAUCCAGUACAAUGCUAGUCUUCGUAUAUGUUGAGGUCUCAGACUUAUGCAUACAAUACCAACACUGCCAAUUAAUGUGAAUGCUUGAAAUCGAUAAGUCUUUUUGAAGCCUCUUUUCCAGCUUCCUAUGCCAUCAUGAUCGGCUGAUGUAUUCUUUGUUUGGCGCUAGUAAACUAGGUUAUGUGAUCUGAAAAAAUAAGUUGAAAGGUUGUUUUCAACAACUGAAAAUAAGUUGAAAGGUCAUCGACCAUCGAUAUCAUCAAAAUAUUGAAGCUAUGGUCGGAUUAUGAUCUUUUUUCUUUCGAUACGCUCGCCGACCUAUUUUAUGCAUUCGUGGAGGGAUGAGUUUCAUUUUUAACGAGUCUGACUUUGAGUUUUCUCUUUUUGUAUCCCUUCCUAAUAUGUGACGAAAUUUUAUGCGAAUGAAAUGAACGUUUUCGCAUAAUCUUCAUCACCUCAUCAUGUGUGCGGUGUGUGUCGAUGGGAACCCAGUGCGUCCUAUGGGGUUCCCACAGCAAGCAGGACGAAAACGGAAACGGAACUAGUCAGCUCCAGGGUUUUGCACUGAGGGCUCUGUAUUACAUGGAUGUGCCGUGUUCUGAUUCAUGUGCUGUGUUAAAACUAGUCACGACGACUUUUAUCUUAUGACGAGUCGACAAUGUAGACGUUUAAUUAUUUAGAGUUUAGUCCAAUCCAGCUCGCCUAAAUUUGUGUGCGGUGAUUCAUAAAUGAUGAUUUAUGUAUAACAUAAACGUUCUGUUGAUCUCAUGUUCGUAAGUUAAAUAGCUUUAUAAGUUGCAUCAAAUGAAUAUGUGUAGGUAUUUAUUAUUUAUCCUUGGCCUAUUUAUCAAUGUUAUUUGCUUAUGUCUCGCUCGUGGAAUUUCCUUACUCACGCAGUAAAGUAAUGGCACUUAAUGCAAAAUCGGCACGUAGUAAAUGUUCGCGUAUGUGAGUGCUGCUAUUCCUAAAGGCUGUUUUAGGCAAUGGUUAGCUGAAUCUGGUGGCUCAGACACCCAUUGGACAUUGUGUAUUCGUAAGUGUGAAAAGAAUGUUUUUUGUGUGCCUUCUGUAACAACACCGUCCACUCGAGCAUGUUUGCCUUCUCUUCAUACACCACUAGCUUUCUGGCGUAAUGAAUACACUGACUACAGGCACUCUAAA